GAAAAACAGAAGCGCCUCAGAUUCAUUCAUAUAUCCGAUAAUCCCAUGAUCUUAGGCAAACAAAAGCAGAGAAUUUGAUCAUUAAAAAUGUCUGCUUUCGAAUUCUUCACUACCCUGUUUCUACUCUCACUCCUCAGCCUUCCAACUGAAGCUCAGAACCCAAAUUACCUUUCCCACGACUGCUCCACCACGACCAAUUUCACCGCAAACAGCGCUUAUCAAUCCAAUCUCAACACCCUCCUCUCCGCCCUAUCCUCCAACGCCACCGUCAUCAACGGCUUCUAUAAUACCUCAUCUGGGGAAAGCCCCAACUCGGUCUACGGCCUCUUCCUCUGCCGCGGCGACGUUUCUACCACUACUUGUCGAAAUUGCGUCACGCUUGCAGCAAGAAAUGUGACUGUGCUUUGCCCUGUUGAAAAAGAUGUUGUGGUUUGGUACGAUGAGUGCCUCCUCCGCUACUCCGACGAAGGGAUUGUCUCCAUCCUCGAUGAUAAGGUGUACGCGUGUUUCGGGAACAACCAGACUGCCGCGGAUCUGACCCAAUUCAACAAUGUAUUGGCGACGUCGUUGAACGAUGCAAGGACUCGGGCUGUGCCAGCAGCUAAAAAAUUCGCCACAAAGGAGGCUAAUAUUUCUGGGUUUCAGACCCUGUACAGUCUUCUCCAGUGCACGCCGGACCUGUCGAGUUCGGACUGUGAUAGGUGUCUCCAAACAGUCAUAGCUGAUCUGCCUGGUUGCUCCAGCGGAAAAAUAGGCGGAAGUUAUAUGUUCCCUAGUUGUUAUGUCAGGUAUGAAGUUUACCCUUUCUAUAAUGUAUCUGCAGUUGCAGAGACGCCGCCACCGAUUGUCACUAAUCCUGGUUCAGAGAUCAACCCCAAAGGAAAAGACCAAAAACCAUGGGUGAUAUUUGUUGCCAUUUUUGUCCCGGUUGGCUUCUCUAUUUUGGUUUUUGUUAUGGGGUACUGCUUGCUAACGAGGAAGGGAGGGAAGAAGUAUGAUAUUGUGCAGGGAGAUAAUGCUGUGGCUGAUAUAAUAACCACUAUAGAGUCACUGCAGUAUGGUCUCAAUUCGAUUGAAGCUGCAACAAACAACUUUGCAGAAAGUAAUAGACUAGGUGAAGGUGGAUUUGGGGUGGUUUACCAGGGUAGAUUUCCUAAUGGACAAGAAAUAGCUGUGAAGAGGUUAUUGAGGAGGUCUGGACAAGGAACUGAAGAAUUCAAGAAUGAGGCCGCGUUGGUGGCUAAGCUUCAGCACCGAAAUCUAGUGAGGUUAUUAGGAUUUUGUGUGGAAGGAGAAGAAAAGAUACUUGUUUACGAAUUGGUGGCCAACAAGAGCCUUGACUAUUUUCUAUUCGAUCAUGAUAGACGAGGAUUGUUGGAUUGGUCAACACGUUACAAGAUAAUAGAAGGUGUUGCUCGAGGAAUUCUUUAUCUUCAUGAGGAUUCUCGGCUUACAGUCAUACAUCGGGAUCUCAAAGCCAGUAAUGUCUUGCUAGAUGGUGAAAUGAAUCCAAAAAUUUCAGAUUUUGGAAUAGCAAGGAUUUUUGGAGUUGAUCAAGCUCAAGGAAAGACAAAAAGAAUUGUUGGAACCUAUGGUUACAUGUCUCCAGAAUAUGCCAUGCAUGGACGGUUCUCUGUGAAGUCAGAUGUGUAUAGUUUUGGUGUCUUAGUUUUAGAGAUUUUAAGCAGCCAGAAGAACAGUAACUUUUGUCAAACAGAAGGAGCUGGAGACCUAAUGAGCUAUGCCUGGAAACUUUGGAAGGAUGGGAGACCAUUGGAGAUGUUGGACCCAAUUCUUGGAGAUUCAUAUUCAAGAAAUGAAGUCAUUAGAUGCAUCCAUAUUGGUUUGCUGUGUGUUCAAGAGAAUCCUGCUGAGAGGCCAACAAUGGCAACUGUUGUUCUCAUGCUUAGCAGUUACUCAGUCACAUUACCUCUACCGAAGAAGCCUGCAUUUUUCCUCCAUAGCAGAACAGAGCUGACAAAGAUGCUAGAACCUGAUCAAUCAAUGAGUCAGUCAACGCAAUACUCUACAAAUGAAGUCUCAAUCACUGAAAUAGAGCCUCGGUAAAACUAGGCAGGCUAUAGCUUAUAUCUCCUCUGUUAAUUCACAAAGAGGAAGAGGAAACUGAAUACUAAUUCAGGGAAAUGGCUUCCAUUUCCAUGUUGUUCUUCAUGACCAUUGUGUUGCCCUUCCUCAUUAACUUCCUCUGUUUCAGAUUUGAAGAUAUUCUUGGUUGCUAUUGCUCGAAUGCUAACAAUUUCACGUAUGUUGAUAUUAAUCCCACAUCAGGCGAUCUUAAGAGAGUACAUUUAUAUUGGUUUGAUUCAUUUAAAGAAAUUAAUUUUCUUUGA